CCGCCGCGAUGGCAACCGAGGUGGUGUGCGGGCUCACCUUCCGACUGCUUCUGCCCGUAUGCCUCACUGCCGCCUGUGCUUUCCGUUACAAUGGGCUCUCCUUCGUCUACCUCAUCUACCUCCUGCUCAUUCCUCUGUUUUCAGAACCCACAAAAACAACGAUGCAAGGGCAUACAGGACGAUUAUUAAAAUCUCUGUGUUUCACCAGUCUAUCAUUUCUGCUGCUGCACAUCGUCUUUCAGAUUACAAUAAACAGUCUUGAAGCUGGAAAAACUAUUGAACCUGGUUUUAACUGUUCAACAUGGGAGAAAACAUUACGGCAGAUUGGUUUUGAAAG